AGUCUGAUCUGCCAGCCACUGAGCAACUCCACUGGAGCAGUUGGGGUUAAGGGCCUUGCUCAAGGGCACCUUGGCACCUCAGUGGUGGUAAUGAGGGAGGGGCAAGCACUGCUUCCUCACUUUCCCCACCCACAUACCCUUGAUUAUCAUUCAUGUGAGCCACCAGUAUGUUAAUCACUUGUCUUCUUGUAGCAUCUGUUAGAGUUUCUGUUUUUUAGUACUCCUGUAGUACUUCACCAUCGAACUUGCCUCUUAGCACAGCUUCAAUCAACUAUUAAAAAGCAUAAACAUGAGAAUGCAAAACAUGGUGAUAAACAGCUUUUCUAGAGACUCAGAGGGAAGAAAGAAAAGGAAUCCAAAGGUGUCCAAACCUUGAACCAGAUGGGAAGCAGUUAAAGAGCAUACUGGAUUUUAAUUCCCUCAGAAAAGAACACGUUGAUUCAGGUAGGAGAGAGCAGAGGCAGACUGGAAACGCAAUCAUCUCCUCCUUCUCUCUUUAUCAUUCAUCUGAUGAAACACAUGGAACUUUACAAUCUAUUAUUCUGAAUUUGCUGCAUUCCUCUGGCAAAGACAACAGCCUUACAGUGUAACAUCUACAUUCUGAAAAUGAGUUGUACAAGAGUUCUCCAUGCUUUUGGUAGUCACUCCCAGCCCGCUGUGAUGCCUCUUGAUCUUACCAUGUGUCUGACCCUCAGCCGACGCCAGCCUCUUUAUCAACUGCUGUCCAUGUCUCCUCUGACACCCACACAGCAUUGCUAUCAGCCAACUGACUGUUCACCGAGGACUGGCUUUCACUCUUCACAUUCCUCCUCCUCUUCCUCUUCAUCCUCAUCGCUGCCCUUCUCCCCCAUGCCCUCAGAGCCUCGGAGCUGCUUCCGCAGGGACAGCAGCGGUCUGCACAAGAAGCGUGUGGUGUUUGCAGACGCCAAGGGAUUGGCUCUCACUGCUGUGCGUCUUUUCAACUCUGAGCCCUCUUCCCGCACUUCCACUCUGCUGAUGAAACCCUCCCCAGCCAAACUGCAAGACCAACAAUUGACCUCAAAUAAACUGCAACGCUACAAGUUGCGACUGGGUUUCCCUCAGCCGACGCUGGACUUUAAAGCCUUCCUUGCACGCCUGCAAGAGAUGCGUGUACAGUUGGAAAGCUGCAACAUUUCAGAGCAGUCCUUGAGUGGCAAAGUGUGUGUUUCCCAUGCCAGUAUUGAAAAGGUUGUGCAUAUCAGGGUGACCUUCGACUCUUGGCGGAGCUAUCAUGACAUUCCCUGCACGUUUUUGCAGCAGCAGCGCUGUUGGAGUUCUGAAAUGGAAAUUUUUGCCUUUGACAUAAUCUUACCCAAGAACAUAGAUCCAAAGGAGCGAAUAGAGUUUUGUGUGUCAUUCAGGCCUGGACCUGGCACCACACCACACUGGGACAACAACAGAGGGCAGAAUUACAGGGUGUGCAUGGCAAAGGAUGGAUCGAAUGCUAACCAAGGCGACACCAACCGCUAUAAUCCCACUCUUUCAAAACACCGACCCCCAUCUUGGCCUUCACACGGGGCCCUUGGUAUUCAGAACGACGCUGAUCUACAGUAUCCUCCGAGGAGUUUCUCAAAGAGGGUCAAAGCAGAGUGUAAAACCCUGUGUUCAACUAAAUAGACCAUGAGAAAUUAGCCCAUACCUUGUCAACAGAACUAUGGGGAUUUGUAAAUAUUGUGACUAUCUUAAUUAACACAUACUCAAGAGAGAGUAAGACCUUUUAUGGAUGUAUAAACUUUCUGAAAUCUCAAGUGUUGGGAUAAUCUGUAGCCUACCAGUUUGCCCACCUGAGCUCAACUACCCUGCUGUAAUGUGAAUAAUACAU